UACCUUAUUUUGAAAUGAAAACCUAAAAUGCACAAAUUGGCGCCUUUGAAUUUGGUCUGAUCGGCUGUCCUGUCGAAGAAGAGUAGAUUCCAGGAAGAGAUAAUCUAGAGAGAAAAUGAUUCUUAGAACACCGCCUCCGAAGAAGCGAAGGGCAGACGAUUCAAUGCCGUCAGGAAGCCCCAACUCUGACCAGGGACUGGUAAUAUUCGAGGACCUUCCGCUGCCCGAACCAUCUCACGACCACGACCAUGGAAAUUCUGACCAGAUGCUCUGCACUUAUCAGUGUCGUCAGAUGGUUAAAUCAGACUUCUUUGAUGCCCUGGAUAGUGCAGAGAAACAAGUGCAUGAUUAUCAAUCUAAAUUGGAGUCAUUGAAUGAGGACUUCGGUAAAACUGAAAUUGAGAGGAAGAAAUUCAGGGAACAAUUAUUGUAUGUUGAACAAGAACUUGCUGCGUCCAAAGGACGUGAACAUGCACUGCAAGAGCAAAUCUUAAAGGAGAUCAACGAUUCUCAGGAGCAAUUGAAGAAGCAACUACAAGCAAACAGUGAGCUUGAGGUAAAGCUUCAAAAAGAACAUAAUGGUCUCAGGAAAGCAGAGUCCAGAGCCAUUUCAGCCGAGGAGAAAGCUGCUCUUCUUGAAGGAAAACUUGGACAGCUUUCUGAAAGCAUAGAAAGAGAGAAAAACAAUUUGAAUAAUGAGCUGCUCUUGCUAAAACAGGAUUCCAAGCUUUCAGUUUCCAGAAUAAGUGCAGAUCUUGAGAGGAUGGAAUGCCGAGCAAGAAAUGCCGAGGAAGAAUCACAAUUGCUGAAAGAGCAGUUUGAAGAACUUCAAAAACAACUAAACGAGUCUAUUCACCAGAAGAGUGAGCUAGAGAAGAGAAUAUCAAAUUUAUCAGUUCAAGAAGUUUCUUCAGCAGAUAACAGUAUUUUGGUGAAAAACUUGCAAGAAGAGUUGCGAAAUUCUGAGUCUGAAGUUCGUUCAGCAAGGAAGUUAAAAUCAUCCCAUGAAAACAUUGAGUUAUUGAAGGAGAAAUUGCUGGAGGAAAAGGGCAGAAGAGAGAGGGCUGAAUCAGAAUUAUAUAAAUUACCAGACGUCCAGACUAACAUGACAAAGUUAGAAGUUGAGUUAUCUUCUUGGAAGUUGAUGUUAAAAGACAUUCCUGGUGUAUCAUCAGCGCAGGACAUUCCUCUGAAGAUUGCCGCUCUACAGAAAGAGGUGGUUGAAAGCAUGGUGAAGGAAGGUGAGGCAAAUGCACGCUUGAAACAAAUCGAGGUGUCUCUAGAUGCUGCAGAACAAAGAAAACAAAAUGCUGAAGCAGAGGCAGCAUUGGCAAAAGAAAAGGAACAGAUCUCGCAAUCCGAGGUCAAGCGAAUGACAACCAUUAUAUCAUCUGUUACCGAGGAGAGAGAUCAGUUAAGGUCUGUUCUUAAUGAAUUAAAGAAGCAGAAGAGUGUUGAAGCAGGAAAUGAUGUUACUAAUGCAACUGUUGUGCAGGAGCUUGAAUCAUCUCUUGCCAAGAAGGAAGACUGGAUCAAGGAAUUGGAAAGCAAUCUUUAUGAACAAAAAGAGAUAAAUAAUCAUCAGCUCAAUGAAAUAAGGUUACUCAAUGAGAGGUUAAGUAAUGAGGCAAGACGAGUAAAGUCAUUAGAGAGGGAGGGAGAUCGCCUACGUUCAGAGAUUUCACUUUUAGAAUCCAAGUUGGGUCACGGUGAUUUUUCAUCGGCCAAUACAAAGGUUUUGCGGAUGGCGAAUAAUCUUGCUGUUGAUAAUGAGGCCAAACAGAUUAUUGAGGCUUUACAGAGUGAGUUGCGGAAGGCAAAGGAGAAGUUACAAGCUGUUGAAGAAUUGAAGAAACAAUCUGGUGAUACUGGGAAACUUGUGGACAUCUCUGGAAAAAUAAUGCAGUACAAAGAACAAAUUGCGACUCUUGAGAAACGUGAGGAAAGGUAUAAGGCAGUUUUUGCAGACCGAAUCUCAGUUUUCAGAAGGGCAUGUUGUGAACUUUUUGGCUACAAGAUUGUAAUGGAUGAUCACCAGCGAUCUGAUGGAAUUGCAGUUACACGUUUCAUUCUUCAAUCUAUCUAUGCUCAAAGUGAUGACGAGAAGCUUGAAUUUGAAUAUGAAUCAGGGAACACAACCAUUUUGGGAAAUAGCUACACCUCACAGCGAGAGAUAUCUCAACAGGUUGAGAUAUUUAUCCGAAAACUAAAUUCAGUUCCAGCUUUUACUGCUAACUUGACAAUUGAAUCUUUUAACAAGCGGACUCUGUCUUGAGUUGAAGGAUGGUUUUGUAUUUUGCCCUACAACUAUAACUGCUGGUGAAACUCUACUGGUUUUCCAAACCUUGUUUCUUGUCAGUUUUUGUGGUUUUGAUUACUGUAAUAUGCUCUAGUUGAGAUUAAUACAUUGAUUCUAUUUCCUAUUUGUCUAUGCACUUUGAGUCUUUUGACAGUGCAAAUAUAGAGUCAUUUGGGGACUAAAUUGUCUUACUCUAUGUUGUUUGAAAAGGAAAGAUGUAUGGAGAAGCUUUUGCUACCUUUUUUUAAUGAAAAAUCUUUUAGUUGGAUUUGCAA